AUGGCAACGCAGAUCGCAGAAGUGUACGGUACUGGAGAAGCAGAAUCGGAAAAUGUUGCUCUAGUUCCUGGAUGGAAGAUCGUCAAGAUGCUCAGAGAGCAAAAAGAUGCUAUAGACGAAGCAAUGGCGGUAGUUAUUCAGGGAGUGAUUCUUGCUGAUGCGUAUGUUCGCUCGAAACAAGAAGGCAUCGAAGUUAGAAGAGCACUUGAAGCUGUCCGCGCUAAAAUGUCCUCAUUGAAAAAGGACGUUGACGAUCGAUAUGCGUUGCACGCUGCUAGCACUGUACCUGCUGUUGCAGUUGAGUCUGCCGUUCGCAUGAUGUUCAGCAAUGCUGCUGCCUUAUCGGAAAUGGAGCGGCAUGUGAAGGAUCUCAAUGGCAUGCACCCGGACGUCUCCUACAUUUUGGACGACCUGGCUGAUGUUUUGCGGGAAAAGGUGGCGAUUGUCAAUUCGGCUGUUACUGAGAUGUUUGGUGAAAACGAAGCUAGCGGAGACGAACUUGACAAUGCGGCUGUGGAAGAGUUCACUGCUAGGGUGGAUGAUGCUAUCACAGCUAUGCUUCUGUCCUUCCAGGCACUCAUGAGCAUCGAUGAAACCGCUGCGCCGAACGGUACAACGAACGGGGUGUGCGACGAUGAAGAUGAUGCGUUUGGCUUACGAAAGCGCUACCUUAUCGAUGCACACCAAAGAACUGUUAACCUCUUCCGUUCCGGACAUCUUGGGAACGUCCUGGAAGCGUUCAAUAGUCUGCUCUCCGGUGUCCACAUGGACACGCAAUCGAUUCAAAGUCGCAGAUACUUUGCAAGCUUGGUACGCAGGAUUUAUCCGUUAUUCAACCAGUAUCUUCUUGCCGUCCGCAGAAGUUUGCUAGAUUGCAUCUUGCAACAUAAGUCGAUGUUAAAGUUCGCGUACAUAUUGUGUAACACAUUCGGGCAACUGUACAAAGAUGGCUUCUGUGUGCCGCGCGAUGAAAAAGACGACGGGGCAGAUGAUGAUACCACAAUGGAAGACAAUGUAGCUGGCACAGGAAUUGGCGAAGGCGAAGGCAACAAGGACGUUAGCGACGAAAUCGAAAAUGAAGACCAAGUGGAAGGCAUGCAAAACGAAGCGCCAGCCAAACCGGAUCCACAAAAGAAGAUCGAUGAUGAAGAAAACGGUAUUGAGAUGGAUACAGACUUUGACGGAAAGUUGGAGGAUGUUGAUGCGGAGGACGAAGAGGAAGACGAUGCUCGUGAUAAUGAAGAAGAGAGCGAAGAGCCAGAAGAGCAAAUGGGAGAUGUAGAUGGUAAUGCUAAUGUAGUAGACGAGAAACUUUGGGGAGAUGAUGAUAAAGACGAAGAUGUGAACGGCCAAGAUGAGAAGACAGAGAGAGAUGCACCUGCGCAAGAUGGCGGUGGGGAAACCGAGAUGGCGGCCAAGGAAGGUGGAGGAAAUGAUGAAGAAGAGUCAUCAGACCGCCAAGAGCGUGAAGACAAUCAGCGACAAGAGGCUCAGCAAAACGUGGAACCUCAGAAUGCCAACGAAGACGGCGAGGAAGACAGCAACGAGGAUAUCAUCAAUGAAGAUAAUGAAGCGAAAUACGAGGAUAGUCAUGGCAUAGACCCGAAGGCUGCUGAUGAAAAGGAGCAACAGGAGCAAGAGGAAGAGGAUGACAUGGAGCUACCAGAUGAUAUGGAUAUGGACGCUAAUGAACAAGAGGAGGACGACAGAGAUGGAGGUCGUGAUCAAAGUGCAGAUAGAAUGGAUCUUAAUAGCAGUGAAGACAUGAAUCAUGGCAAUGAGGAGUCGCUAGAGGAAGAAAAAGAUGAAGAAACUAAUAAUGUUGAGGAAGAGAAGCAACCUGACGAAGCGGCAGCUGAGGAAGCUCAGCAAGAGGGGUCAGAAACUUUGGAACCGGAAGCGCUGGCCGAACAGGAGGAACAAAAUACCGAACAAGGACCUGAGGUGGAAGUCGAAAAGAAUAAUAUCCAGGAAAAUCGGGAAAGCGCACAUGAGGAGCAAGAACCAGAGAAGCCAGAUAGCGAACAAUCUCCGGAAGAUGCAACUCAAGCAGUAGACGAUCAGAUUCAAAGCAGCACCCAACCAUAUGGCGUCAAAGGAGCUUCUGGUGAAAAAUCUGCGUUAAACGUUCAGCCGGAUGAGAUGUCCGAGGAAAUCCCGGAAGACGGAGAAAAUGGCAGUGCUAAUGAAGAUUUCACUCCAGGCGCUGAGAAAAGUCAGCGUCGUUCGCAACACUCGAGGAAUGAAGGAAGAGACAAGUCGAGGAAAGACGAAAACAUGGAUCCAAAUCCAAGGAGGAGCCUGGGCGAUGCGCUGAAGAAAUGGAUGUCGCGGCUGAAGAAUAUUUCAGAGUCCACAGAAGAAGAAAAAACUAACCGGGAGGAGUUCAACGAUGAGCCGCUUUUGGAUGGAGACAAGGCUCUUGAAUAUGAAUUUGUUAAAGAAGAUGAUGAAGCAGCCGAUGCACAAGCCAUGGCAGACGCAACUGCGGAUCAAUUUGAAGAGAUGGACAGAAAAGCCUUGGCUGACGAUAAAGAAGAAAAAGAGUGUGGAACUGAUGACGCCAUGGAUGUUGAGGAACAUCAGGAAGAUGUACCUGACGAACAAGGGACUACGUCGCGGGAACCAGAUGCACAGAAGAAAGGGAGGUCAGAAAACCCGAGCGGGGCAAUCGACUUGGGACUCAAUGAAAAAGACGGCAAGGAGGUGGAGAACAAAGUCAGGAACGACGAGGAGGAUGUCGGUGGUGUGGAUACCAUGGAUGUCGAUGAAGAGGAGGUGGAUGAUAUCGAAUGGACUCGUCCUCGUGCAUUGAAUGAGGGCGAUACUCUAGCUGAUGAUGAGGCCGACGAGAGCACUCUUAUGGACAGCCAUCAGUACGAUGAAUUGCGUCUGGAGUUGGAACAGUCAGUCGCCGCCUGGCGUGAAAGCGGUCAAGAUCCGCGUGAAGCAGAAGAGUUGUGGCGCAACUACACAGCGUUAACCAGAGACUUGUCCUUUGCUCUGUGUGAGCAACUUCGGCUUAUUCUGGAGCCAACUCUUGCCACCAAGCUCAAGGGUGAUUACAGAACCGGAAAGCGGUUGAAUAUGCGGAAAAUCAUCCCCUACAUUGCAAGUCAGUUCAAAAAGGACAAGAUCUGGCUACGACGCACAAAACCAUCAAAACGCACAUAUCAGAUUAUGAUUGCUAUUGACGAUUCGCGGUCAAUGGCCGAGUCGCGAUCUGUACAGCUUGCAUACGAGUCACUCGCCGUGAUCACCAAAGCAUUGACACAGCUGGAGGCUGGAGACGUCUCAGUCUUAAGUUUCGGCGAGGAUGUCAAGCUCCUGCACCCUUUCGAUCGCCCGUUCUCGGAUGAUGCGGGCGCGGAUGUCAUCCGGCGUUUUACGUUCAAGCAAGAUCGAACCCAUGUGCGUAAAAUGAUGGAAACAGCGAUGGGGAUAUUGGAUCAUGCACGUACUCAGAGUGGGGCGGGUCCCGGAUCUGAUCUAUGGCAACUGCAGCUUGUGAUUUCAGAUGGUAUCUGCGAGGACCAUGAGCUCGUACAGGCCUUGGUACGCAAGGCUGCUGAGCAGCGAAUCAUGGUUGUUUUUAUUGUGCUGGAUAAUCGGAGGGAGAAGGACUCGAUCACAAAAAUGACAAACGUAACAUACGGUGUAGACCUUUCAACGGGGCGCCCGACUCUACAAAUGAGUCGGUAUAUGGAUACCUUCCCGUUUGAUUACUAUGUGGUCGUCAAGGAUAUCGGAACCCUACCGGAAGUAUUAGCGGAUACGCUACGGCAAUACUUCAUGUUUGUAAAUGCAUAAGUUAAUUUGUAGCAUUAGUGUAAUUGGUUGUGGGCAGCUAAUAUAGUAUAGGAUAAUUGGCUAUUUAUUAGACAUUUGUAUAUAGAGACAAUGGAAUAUAUUGAAUUUGAUGAACAUA